AUGGCAAAUAUAAUAUUGGAUCUUAUAACAUGGUAUAAAUACAUUAACGAGGAUUUGGCUGAUCGGCGUAGCAAAGAUUAUUUUAUGGUUGGCACACCAUGGCAAGGUUUAACUGUAAUUGGUUUGUAUUUAUAUUUUAUAUUUAAUCUUGGACCGAGGCUUAUGGAAAAAAGACAACCUUUCAAAUUAAAUAGGAUAUUACAAAUAUAUAAUGUCUUCCAAAUUCUAAUAAAUGGAUUUUUAUUUUACGAAGCAUUAACGCAAGGUUGGCUAGGAAAAUAUAAUUACUUUUGUGAGCCUAUUGAUUAUUCGGACACACCACAUGCUCUACUGGUCACCAGAUUGGUGUGGUUAUAUUUCAUGAUCAAACUAUUGGAUUUAAUGGAUACUAUCUUUUGCGUACUCAGAAAGAAACAAAAUCAAGUGACAUUCCUUCAUGUAUAUCAUCAUGUUGGUGUCCUAAUAGCUUCUUGGUGUGCCGUUAAAUAUCUGCCUGGUGGUCAUGCAACUUUUUUAGGCCUUCUUAAUACAUUUGUUCACGUAAUAAUGUACACAUACUAUCUACUAGCAUCCAUGAAGAUAAAAACAAGCGCGUGGAAAAAGUACAUCACUCAGCUGCAGCUGGUCCAAUUUUUCCUAAUCGCUUGUCACUAUUUACAAUUAAUCUGGGUGGAAGAUUGUGGCUUCCCAAUAUGGCCGGUAUAUAUAAUGGUACCACAGAAUUUGUUUAUGAUGUUAUUAUUUGGAGACUUUUAUUACAAAACAUACACGAAGAAAAAGCCAGAAAUCAAAACGAUGACAAAGACAGAGAUAAAUGGCACUUUCCCUGAAAUAAAUGGAAAACCGAAAGAACAAUAAAUUUGAAAUACAAUGUUUCGUCUAAAACCUGAUCUAAAAUCUUUUUCGAUUUUACUUUAUUUUUCACGUUGACACAAAUGUUUCUUAAAAUUAAAUAUUAAUUGAGAUCUGAAGAUCUAAUAAGAUUUAUUAUUUUGUGGUCGUUAUCUUAGUUUGAUAAAUCUUUUGUAAAAAUACAUUUGACGAUAUAUUUUAUCUCUUAAAUCUUCAUUUUGAUAAACCAAUUACACUGUUUUACAAAAAAAAAAAUGCACAAAAAUGAAAAUAAUCAUUUCUCGCAGUUUUUGAGUAUUGUUUAUGAUCCCAUUUAAUUAUAUUAUAUUUUAUGUUGUUCAAGUUUUUUUAUGCUCUGUAGGAAUAUAGUAUAAGCGUUUAUGAAAAUCUUAUUACAUUUUUCAUUUUUUUUUAAGAUAAACAACUCACGUUUUAGCUAACAUUGUUUUUCAACUAUACAUACUCUAUAUUCGUCCAAUUUUUUAUGCAAUAAAAGCAAUAAUAGGAUUUUGCAAUAUUAUACUCGGAAUAUGAUAAAUUUUAAUUUCAGAAAGUCAUAUUAAAAGCGAUAUUAUUACGAAUUCUGAUUUUAUUUUAAAUUUAAAAUUACAUUAUUGUCUACGCAAUUUGCAAAGACAUUUAUCAUAUUUAUAUAAACAUACACUGAAAUAAAUAAUUUGAUUAUAUCAGCAAUACUUAUAUGCAUUUAAGCGUAUUUUGGUGAAACUAAGCAGAAUUUCUCGUUGUUAAAACAAUCGAGAUUAUAUAACUACAAUGUUUGCUAGACUUUAUCAUUCGGUAUUUCCUGCAAGAUUCUGAUUUGUCCGCUUUUGAACAUACUGGUUAAAUCUACCAGAUUUCCAGUUAAUGCAAUAAGACUUUUUCUUCAGUGUAUAUAGGUAGUUACAUAAGUUACAGAUAUAAAAGAUGUUUAAUAUUAAUAUCAACAUAAUAAAUUGUUAUUAAUAACAACGUUGUUAUUUAUAUACGCAGUCAUUAACAAUCCCUAUAUACAAUGUUAUUCUUUAUCUUUUCUUUUAAGUACAUUUAAUUAAAUAUAUAUUUUAUAUAAAUAUA